AUGCUAGAUGGUGAGACUUCACCAUCAGGUGAAAAGGCAAGGGGAGGAAAAGAAGAGGGUGUGGUACUCCUUUCUCCACCACACCCCACCCCUCGAGGCGCGCACUACAGUCCACUGCGGCUCAGGAGAGCACGGCGGGUCCCCUUGCUCACCUCGGAGCAGCCCGGGCCAGAGACCAGCCACCCGGCAGUCUCUGCAGAAAACUUCCCUUUAAGCAGGCGCGGGCCAGGAUCGCCUCCCCGAAGUGGCUCCGGCUCGGAGCACAGCUUUCCGGAGCUCAGCCCGGACUCGGACCAGCGUCCCCGCAGCUCUGCGCGCAGCCAGGAGGCGCGCCGGGACUCAGGCUCCGGUCCCCCGCCCCGGGCCGGCUCGCCUCCCCCUGCCGCGCCCACUCCGCCACCCCGCGGGCACGCUCGCUCCCCGCGCUCGCCCCGCCGCCUCCCGGCGCCCCCACACCCACCCGCACCUUGGCGCCCGCUGGGAGCCUCUAGCGGAGGCGAAGGGAACCGCAGCAGCCCCGCGGGGCCCGGGCUCCGACGCCGGCUUCGGGGAACCAGCCAGGCGGGGGCUGGAGCUUCGCGCGCCCCCCAGUCAGCCGGCCGGAGGCCGCCGCCGCCUCACACACCUGCCCACCUGCGCCAGGCUCACCUGCCACCGCGUCCUAGCGGCGUUCACCUGUGCCCACAGCGCGCUGUGGCAACGAGGGGCCAAGGACGCGACGCACACAAGUCUAGAGGCUUUUCCUUGACUCCCCCGCCUCAGCUGGGCCGGCUUUUCCUUCCAGAGGGAUCAGGAGAGGGGCGGCGGUUUAAAAGCCCUCGCCCUGGAGGUGCCUCCAAAUCUUCACGCCUGUGGGGACGGAGAACCGGAGAACCUUCCCGGCAUCCGGAAGCCUCCCAGCCCCUCCUCGGUCAACUUGGCUUUCUAUUUAAUUUUCUUUUUUAA